CGGGGCCAAAGUACAGACCACGAAUACCAAUCAUCGUGGGGCGUUGUCCUCAACACCAGCCCUAUGCACAGACCAGUAUAUGCCACUACCAUACACAUAUCACAGCAACCAUCUCAACCUUCGUCAUGUCCUCGGAGCUUUACUUUCCCUCACUUUCUCGUCGACCUCGCCGAAAACCCUCGCUAUCGUCCAUCUCUUCAGCCAGCACACAGCAGAGCGUGCGGCAUCAAAGUCAACCACAGGAGGGUAGAAAGGUCAACCCGCCCUUACGGAGUGCUCUGAGGUCUCCUGAGCCCAAGCGUUCCAAUCGCCCUUCCCAGCCACAACAGCUUGCCUCUCCUACUAUUCGAUUUGACACCAAGCAGUGUGACGGUUUCGCCUCAUUUCGACCUGCACAAAACCAUUCAAUUAACGACUUCGACAACCGUCAGGAGUUGGCAGCCGACAUUCCAGGCGACAAAUCUCCCAUAUUCACAGCCACUAGGGGGGUGGAUGCUCAAUCCAUCCCCUCGGAUCAAUCUAGGCGAAAUACCGCUAUCUUCAUAGGGCCUGAAGCAGACAAAGCAAACAUUGCGCCCGAAAGCAGUCAGUUUGGUAUGUCUGCUCCAGCACAUCAGCGAGAUCUUAGUGCUUGUUCGGACAUGCAUCGACCUGUCAACAAGGAUGACUAUUUGGUAGCUCGAGGGGCAAAUCCGCGAACCGGAGUUGUAACACCAGGAUCGCAUAGUGCUAGCAGUUCUCUUGACAAUAAAGGUUCUCGGGGAAGGUGGCGUCAAAGAGGCGAUCAAUGGGUCAGUCUAGAUAUGGAGCCGGAGACACCUCCUGUUACGCCGCCAAAGGGUCGACUGCCAGAGCCAUAUCAUCAUGGUCUAAGAGUUCCCCCAAAGCUUGUACCCGGCAAGCGACUAUCUUCAAGGGACGAAACCGACCGACCGAUAGGUUAUCCCGGAGGCUUGCCCAGUUCUCCAAAGCCAGGACGAGAUUCGAGCGCUACGUUCCACCUUCUGAAGCACUCGCAAGGGCCAGGCAUCUAUCCAGAGGUGGCUAGGAAGGCUACGGGGCCUCCAGCAGCGCAAAAUCCGGCGGCUGGAGAAGUAGCAGUUCGAAGAAAACCAGUAGGGAGUCCACCCAGCCAAGGUCAGUCUGAACACUGCGUUGAGGGCUCUUCAGUUGUUGAUGGCAGUGAUGAGACUGUCCUACGACGCCCUCGGUUUGAACCAGAAUUGAGAUCUUCAUCAGCCCCUAUACCGCCUCGGAUGCGGAACAUUACGCCAUACGAUGUUGACAAAGACUUGCCCAGACUGCCCACAGAUACCGGCACUUCGGUCCUCCAGGAAUAUCAAGCUAUGGCAACGCAAAAUCCUUUUUUAGGGCCGGAGCAGGUGGCCACGAACGACCCGAGUUCAAACCCCUCCAGCACCUCUGGCCCUCCAAUACCCGAAAAAGAUCUACCAUGUCUGCCGAUGAGCAGUGGCCCAUCCCAGUCGCCUCAGGGAUCGAUGCUGUUCGAGGAUACCAUGAAGGAAGAGCACCCGGUCAGCCCAAAGAACCUCGGAACUCGCCAACCCCAGAUUCCCAGGGGUCCGAGGGGAGGCGACCCACAGUAUCCUUUCGUUCGCCCAGCGAGACAAGUCCACCCGUCCCCUCCGACAAAGAGAAGCAUCGGCCCGCAGGAGCAGAGAGCGAUGCCCGUACCGGUGUACGACAAUCCUCCGAAACACCUGUCACCGCCGUUAAUGAGGACCCCUCUAACGAGAGCAGAAGGGCCCAGGUCGAUGCCGGACAGGAUCAGGGAAAGUCGCAAUUUGUCAUUGAAUACCACUAUCACUCCCACAAUCACUACUAUGAACCGACCAGGGCUUCCGAGGCAGCUCCGCGUGGGACCAAGACCUCCAAUCCCGGAUGCACGCAUGGCGAGUCAUGGCCGGCCUAGUGUGCCGAGAAGGCCUCCUCUGCCAGAUAUGUCAGGCAUUUUCAUGAACACUGGCAUGAACGUGAGUAUGGAUUCAAUCUUGCCGGUCCCUCUUCCGAGGGUCAGGCCGAGAGCGAUGUCCCGCCCGCAGAUGGCCUUGAGAGGCGACGGGAUGUACGGUAUUCCGAGGAUGGGACCCGUCCACAAUCGUCCAAACACGACAGACAUGAAGGUGCAGCCGAUGUGGAGGGACACCGAAUGGGAAGAAGGCGCGAGAAAGUACCGGGCCGACCGAGAGACGAACCUCGUUCCGCCACCUUUGAGACCACGACUCCCGCAAGCGAGUCACGAGGGCAUCGCAGCAGACGAUAUGGACGACAUACCAGCAGACGGAGGCGAGGAAGUAGCGACGGGCCUUGGCCUGACGAGGAAAUGCAGCCGUUGUCACAAUGGAUUCGUGGACGUCAAGCGUCACAAUACCGAUGGUGUCACCCAUACGCCCGGCCUCCAGAACAAAGACGGAGAAGCACACGAGGGCUCUAAGAAACUUCAUCCAGCUGCAAGUUCACUUCCAGGCCUCUCAGAAGAGAGUGAGCCUGAGCCAGAUCAUGUCCAGCAUAACACUACUACAACUGCGACCAAAAUUGAAGGCACUGUUGAAGAAAGUGCUCAUCCAGUAUGCUGCCCUGAUUGCUGCAGAGAGGAGAACGUCCAUGGCAGCUGUCUUGGACAUCCAAGUCCAAGCUCUACGACAAGUCCAACGAAGAGUCUUUGGUCUGAUGCUCAAAGCCCGAGCAGCGCUAGUGAAACAGAUGACUGGGAGCAUACGAAAGCACCAAAGAGCAAUAUUAGGCCUUCAAGGCUUGUCGUCACCUCACAGAAUUCGCAACAGCAGGGACAUUCGGGACCUUGCAACCAGGGUAAGGCGAACACCAAGGGUAAACGCUCAGCCGAUAAGUCACCCUUCGAGCUAUCAGCUCAGCCAAGAACACCUGCCACUCCCUCCAGAUACAGUCCCGUUCAGUAUUCAAGUAGUGCAUUGGCUGCGGCUCUGCGUGCCACGGGAUCCUCCAAUCAGAAGACGUUCGGCUCCGGCAUCCACAAGCGGCAAAGGAGUUCUAGCUCGCCUGCUAUCGGAUCUGUGACGCCUUCCAGAAAGCCCAGCGUGACUCAAGGUGUAAGGAUACCCAGCGGCUCCCGCUUGAGACUGCCAACACCAGCAGGCCUUGCAAUCUCCUGCGCUGGUCUUCCAAGGGGUCGCGAUGUCAGCGGUACGAGUUUUGCGACAUUGGAAUUGCAGAUUCCAGGUCUAGGCUCAUUUGGCGGCGGUGCCCUUGGAGAGAUGGUUCUCGUUCCCUUUGAAGCUUCAAAGAUGUGGAUCCGGAACCAUCCUCAAGUGAUCAACUCGGGGUGGGAGGUGCUUCAACGGGGCUGGCACAUGGGACAGACCACGAUGACAACUGCUUGGAGGCUUUGGGCCGUCAUCUUUGUCUACUCCAAGACUGGAAAGUUGAAGCUGAACGUGGCCAAAGGCGAGACUGCUGGUGGAUUCGUCAUUGAUUGUGCAAGGAGCGCUCUGUACCUGCUCGUUUUCGCUGCGGUCGCUGCAUUUGCCGUCAGAUGCCUGAGAAUCGUGCUUGGCCUGGUUGGUGUUGUUGGCUGGCUCUUCAGGGCGGUAUUUUGGGUGUUGAAGCAAGUUCUUGGGUUAGGAACUGCGAGGUGACAUUGACGACAUGUGAAGCGCCGAGAUGAAGGACAGAAUUAAUUAUCCAUAGCCUGAACGGCAAGGGUAGACAGCGUAGUACGUAGAAAUGAAUAUCAAUAUUGUUGGGAAAUUAUA